AAAAGCGAACCAAGAGGAGGCCGUCGAACCCUGGCCCCACGCUCCACUCCCCCAGCGGCCGUCGCCCCUGGCCCCCCGCCCCGCGCCCGCAAGCUGCAACCGGCCCGGCCUGUCCGCGGGCUGCUCCGCUCUUCUCGUCCCUCAAGCCUCCGGCCUCUUCCCCUCCCACUGCUCGCCCCCUCCUCGGGUCCGGCCGCCUCCGCCCGCCACCUGCGCUCGGUCGUCCGCCCCUCCUCCUCGGGGCCGGACGCCGCACAGGCACGCGGCCGGCCAAAGGAGUGCCGCCCGCGCCGGACUCCGUUCAGAUGAAUACGGAUCCAGGCGAGAAGAGGCCGUUCGGCGAUCUGGACGAUGACGACGAUGACGUCUUCGCUUCCAAGAAGGAGUUGGAAUGUUGGGCAUGGAAAGCUGCUUCUUCUUCUGAUGCCAUAGCAAAAGGGGCAAAGACAAAGGUCGAGGAAAGUGCACCAGGAGCUGCAACAGGAAUGAUUCUGUCUCUUCGUGAAAGUUUGCAGGACUGUAAACAUAGCCUUGCAUCCUGCCAGGUGGAACUGGAAGCUGCCAAAUCAGAAAUCGAGAAGUGGCAUUCAGCAUUUCAGAACAUUCCAGCUCUACCUUCCGGAACUAAUCCAGAUCCUGUUUCAGUGGUUUCAUACCUGAGUAACCUGAAGUCAUCAGAAGAGUCAUUGAAGGAGCAGCUGGAGAAGGCAAAAAAAAGGGAGGCAGCUUAUAUUGUAACAUUUGCAAAACGGGAGCAGGAGAUUGCAGAACUGAAGUCUGCAGUUAGAGAUUUAAAAACUCAAUUAAGGCCACCAUCGAUGCAGACAAGGAGAUUAUUGCUUGAUCCAGCAAUUCAUGAGGAAUUUACACGCUUAAAGAAUCUUGUGGACGAGAAAGAGAAAAAAAUAAAGGAACUACAGGACAAUGUUGCUGCUGUCAAUUUUACUCCAUCGAGCAAACUUGGGAAAAUGCUAAUGGCUAAAUGUAGAACAUUGCAAGAGGAAAAUGAAGAGAUUGGGGCAAUGGCAUCGGAAGGAAAAAUCCAUGAGCUGGGAAUGAAAAUUGCAGUUCUGAAGUCUCAGAACAAUGAGCUCAGGAAUCAAUUUGAUGUUUUGUAUAAACACAUGGAUGGUGUAACAAAUGACGUGGAGAGAUCAAACGAAAUGGUGUCGAUUCUGCAAGAGGAGUUGGAAGCCAAGGAUCUAGAGGUGGCAAGAUUGAAGGAGAUGCUUUCUCAGAAAGAAGCUACUCGUGACACAGCGGUUGAAGAAGAGAGAGACGAAGCUGCAAAUGAUAUCAAUACAGCUUCAGAUCCAAUGGAAGUCAAGAGUGGAAAGUUGAGGUAGUUUCGCGUAGGGCUGGCAACUAGGUGGGUUGCCCCGAGAAAUCCAUAUGUACUCUGCAGCAGGCUUCAAGUGACUGUAUUUCUUGGGAUACCGAUGUACCAAAAAGUUUUGGUAUGCCACUUUGUGUAUCUGAUAAACCUUAGCUUAUCAGUUAUCACAGCCUAAGCGCAUGUUUUAUUUUGAUAUGUGUGGCUUUGACCAUAUGUACUCUUGAAGGCAGGAGGAAAAAGGAAAACAUUGCCACGCGCUGAUGAGGGUAUAACACCUAUUCUCUCAGUUCGAUGCAUAA